AUGAAGAGAGGCGGAGAUAUUGCAUCUCUUUUUCAGAAACAUGCAGCAAAGAAGGCAACAGCUGCUUCAAACACUAUCCCAUCUCCAGUUGAAACUUUUGUGGAAGAACAGAAUCAGGAGCAUGAUAGAGUGGUAGUUGAAGAAAUCGCGGAUCCUGUGCCCUUGCCUCCGCCACUGCAACCACCCACAUCACAGCCGCCGGUUUAUGACAUCAAUCGCCUUCCACAUGAUCCAGGUGAAAGGCAGCCCAUUGAAAGUUAUCAUGUUAAUGAUCAAGAUGCAAUUCGAAGAGCAUAUAUUAUUAAAGGUCGAUUCAAACCUGUUAAUCAUGAUUUUCCAUCAAGAAAAAUUGGAGGUAGGGAUCGCCAAUUCAAUUAUGUAUGGAUGUAUAAUCAUGAGUGGCUUGAAUAUAAUAUCAAGAAGGAUUCUGCGUUUUGCUUUAUAUGCUACUUGUUCAAGAAGGGUGCUGGGUCAAAUACAUUUAUUGUUGGAGGAUGGAAUAAUUGGAAUAUACGAAACAAAGCACUUCUCAAACAUAGUGGUUCUAUGGCACACAAUGCAGCUCAGGAGAGAUACAUUAGUUUUAUAAAUCCCAAGGUAGCAAUUGAUUAUCACAUUGAGAAGUGGACUGAUGAGGAUCUUCGUCUUUAUAAGAAAAGGUUGACAUAUUCACUUAGAUGUAUCAAGUUUCUUUUGCAUCAAGGAUUGGCAUUUCGUGGACCUGAUGAAAAUGAAGAAUCUAGCAACAGAGGAAAUUUCAUUGAACUUUUGAAGUUUCUUGCAGGAAAUAGUGAUGAAGUGAACAAGUAUGUCUUGAAUAAUGCUCCAGCUGAUGAGUCCAGUAACAUAUCACAUAAAGAACAACUAGCUCUUUGUUUACGUUAUGUUGAUAAACUUGGAAGGCCUUGUGAACACUUUAUUGGAGUUGUUCAUGUAGAUGAUACUACCUCUUUGUCACUUAAGGAAGCUAUUGAGGGUUUACUUAGAAGGGAUCAAGAUAUUCUUAAUGCAAUCUCCCUUGUUAAUGUGGCAAAGAACAAAAUGCAACAGUUAAGGUCUGAUGGUUGGGACCACUUCCUUGAGAGGGUCACUUCUUUUUGCAUUAAACAUGAUGUUGAAGUUCCUGCUAUGGAUGGUGAUUAUGUGCCGUAUGGAAAAUCAGCAAGGUAUGCCCGUGCUCGAAACCAAACAAAUGAUGAUCAUUUUAGAAGAGAAGUAUAUAUUGGUGUUAUUGAUCAAAUUAGGCAAGAGCUUGAUAAUCGGUUUGAUGAGAUCAAUAUGGAGCUACUUUCGUGUAUGUCAGCCUUCAGUCCUUCCAAUUCAUUUGCUUCGUUUGAUGCACAGAAGGUACGCAGAUUGGCUGAAUUUUAUACUAAGGACUUCUCUAACAAUGAUUUGCUAAAACUUGAAUUACAACUUGAUAAUUAUAUUGAUGACAUGCGACGAGAUGAUAGCUUCAAGGGUCUAGACAGCAUCGUUGAUCUCUCAGUUAAACUUGUUCAAACACGGAGGCACAAAGUGUAUGAUAUGGUUUACUUGCUUCUCAAAUUGAUAUUGCUUUUACCAGUGGCAACAGCGAGUGUUGAAAGGGUAUUUUCUGCCAUGGUUAAAGUGAAAACAAAGUCAAGGAAUAAGCUAAGUGACAGUGUUUUGGAUGAUUGUCUAGUCACAUUCAUUGAGCGGGAUAUUUUCUUCCAAGUGAAUGAAGAAGAUAUAAUCAAGACAUUCAUGUCAUUCAAAAAGCGGCGGGUAAACAAAGGAGACAAGUAA